AUGGAGAUAAUGGACCAGUUCUUCCCUGGCACAAAUGCGGCAACCUUUCCCCAAUCCUUCUCUCAAACUAUUUCCACCUUGAAAUGCAGCCCACGCAGUACACACUGCGGUCUGUCGUUUCCUCUCUGGCGCGGCUCCAGAAAGGUACAAAACUUUGUCCUCGCUGAAACCACCGUCGCCGGCGUCAUAGCCGCGCCGGGAGCUAUGAGACAGACAAACUGUCACUUCCACGGCGCCAUCGGCAUUGGGAUGUCCGUCGCCGCAGUGCAGGUGGUCCCAAAUGCCACGGAACAGGUGGCAAAGUGGAAUACAACAGACUUCCCGGGGACAUUGAAGUUAGGGCUUUGGAUCUUACAGUAG